AUUAAGGCCGAGACCGCUGGCUGCAACGUCCUCGUGAAACUUCGAUAGUAGCAGCGGCAUCUGACAGCAAUGCGGUCGGUGUGCUGCUGAAUGAUAGAACUUGCCGGCGAACUAUAGUGAGGAACCUGCACUGAUAUAAUGCGAGUACGUGGUUGGCAAAGUUUCAUUUGAGUCAAUCGAAUUGCCGUCCUUCUAGUCCAAUAUUCAUACAAGGUUGGAAGGAGAAUCUCCGUGAGGACCCAUUGCUACAUCAACAGUGCUAUUCUCACGUGUGGGAUACAUGGCGCCUCCAGUUGAAUCCGCCCCCAGCAGCGAAGAAGCGAGAGUCGACGACACCAAGCCUCGAGUGUAUCGCACAACUGCGCUUCAGUUCGAGAUGAUGCUGGAGUACAUAGAGCGGCAUCCGUACAUGGUGCGCACGGUGCACUACCCGCAGUCGGUGGCGCUUCGCGAGCACCACUGGAAGCUGCUGACCGAGCGCCUAAACGCAGAUGAUCUGAAGCCGCAUAAGACCAAAGCCCGCUGGAAGAAGACAUAUUUCGACUGGAAGAGCACCGUGCGAGCCAAACUGCGCUCGCCGGCGGGACAGAAUGCGCUGACGCCGCUCGACAAACGCCUCAUCGCCGUCCUUCGCUUCCUCGACUCCCACCAAGCACCUUUGGCGCGCAAGGACGCCAUGCCGCAGGCAGAAGUGGUCUACAAAGUGGGCGGUUCCUCUAAUGCUGUACACAUUGGGUGGAAAAGGCGCCGCCUUGCGCCCGAUGCCGUGCCAUCGAGGAAAUUACCGGUGCUCCCUUUGAAUCGUCCGCGUGCUGAGCGUCGCCGAAGCCCGCAUAGUGUUGGUGUACCAAGCCCAGCGGGAGCCAGUAGCAGCGCCGGGCCCGUUUCAGAUCCUGUGCAGAGCAGGUACGUCGAAAGCCAAGACAGACACAACGUCCCAACAUCGGAGUCGUCGAUAUCUGCCAGCACGACAAUGGUACAGGUGCCCGCUGGCACGGCCUCCUGCGAAGCCCCAACGCUUGUACUGAGCGACGUCCGCUCACUGUCUAAGGAGAUGCACACCGGGGUCAAGGUCAAGCUAGAGCCGGUCGACGUUGACGACGUCGUCGUCGAGGAAUUUGACGACGCGAGUAGCGAGGUCGACGCCAACGGCUCGCAACCCAUCACAGGCGCUGAAGCAAGCUCACCGCCGUUCUUCUGUGCGCGGCAGGAGGACCAAGCGCCGAGCCGGCCAUUGGACGACGCUGGCACUGACUCGACGCCCUCCGGAAAUACGGGCAGCGAGAGUUUCCCUGCGGACGGCGCCGGGUCGCAGGACGACCUCAAGACGAAGUUGGACUUUCAGAUCUUCUCGGCCACCAAGCGCAAGCUGGAGGCCGAGGAACGGCGGGCUGACGCCGAGGCCGAGUUCUACCGGCAGGAGAUCAAGAGGUCCAUGGCCCUGGCCAGUCUGCACGCGGAAGAGCAGCGCAAGAUUGCCGCCGUCGCCGACGUCCACGUGGAGGAGCGUCGCCAGGCGGCUGCCAAGGUGGAAAUGCUCCUGGAGCACAAAAAGUUCUACGUCGAGCAGCAGAAGACGGAGGUCCUCAAGAGACGCCUGCUGCAGCUCGAGAUCAAGAAGAUCAAGCUCGACCUCAGCAAGGACACUGACGCUGAGUGACUGUGUGAUAUAAGAAGGGCUGAACGACGCUGUUCCUCUCGUGCGUGUCUGGAGACAGAUGGCAGACAGUGCGCGUGUCGGGGAACACGGAAGCGGGGGUGCGCCUUUCAACGAUUUCCGCGCUGGGCCAUACGGCUUGGAUUGUGUACAUACAUUUGUCUUGCGCAUUUUUGACAACAAUACAUAGUAAGCGCAGUGGC